AUGGCUGGUAAUGUUUUAAAUGCCUUAUUCGAUUCGGAAGCAACACAUUCGUUUAUUGCAUUUGAGAAGGCUGAUGAGUUAGGAUUGAAAAUAGUGGUCCUGUGGUAUGAUUUAAAGGUGUAUAAUGCUACCCAUGAAGCUAUGGUGACUAGGUUAGAAUGUCCACAAGUUCCGUUUCGAAUACAACAACUAUGCUUUAUGCCAGAAGACACAGAAGGGCCGGUUGUGGCGAAUAGCUAUUACCUGAAUUCUAUGAUGGUGAAUUGUUCUGGGGCUGAAUGUCAGGGUAUUAUGUUGUUAACUGCGGGUGUUUUGCAUGAUGAUCAAAGAUUGGAGCAAAUUUCAGUUGUGUGUGAGUUCCCAGAGGUGUUUCUGGACGAUAUUGCCGAAUUUUCACCCAACCGAGAGGUUGAAUUCGCUAUUGAGUUGGUGCCUGGAGCCGGUCCAAUCUUGAGUGCUCCUUAUAGGAUGUCACCUCUAGAAAUGGCCGAGCUGAAGUCUUAG